AUGAUCAGAGCUGCUCAUGCAAAGUCCACAGAAAAAAAGAACGUCCAUGAAGAAUAUAUCUUUGGACAGUGGGGGUUAUUAAUAAAAUAUGUUAUUUUAAAGGGUGGAAAGGUUGAGAUUUUAUGUCCAAAAAGAAAACAUAAAAUUGAUAAGAGAAACCAACUUGAUAUUAGUUUUGUUGAAGUACAAGGUCAGUGUUGUUAUAAGGCUGAAGAUAUUUUUCAAGAUGUACUUUCUCAUGUCAAACAACUCUGUGAAAAAGGACAACUUAAGAAACGGGAUAAAGCAAGAACUGUGAGGAAAAUUGUUCAUGAUACAUUAAUGAACAAAUUAGCACAAUGGUGCCAUGAUAAAAGUGAAAAUGAAGGUAUUAAAAUGAAAUAUAGAUAUGGCAAACCUUCAAAUAAAAAGAAAGAAAAAGAAAGAAAUCUUGUCAUUUAUGAAAUUGUGUUUAAUGGAAGAACUUAUGAAAGAAAUGAUAUCAGGCAUUAUUUUGGAAAUUGGAUGCAAAGUGUUCUCAAUUUUCUUCUUAAAGAAACCAAAGAAAAAUCUAUUACAAUAUCUUCAAAUACUCUUCCCCCAGAAUUUCGUAAUAAUUUUAUUACCCCUGAUUAUGAAGAAAAUGAAAAUGAAGUUAUAAAUAUUAAUGAAUUUGAAUUUAUCAAUAAUUCACCUUGUGGUUGUGAAGAAAAUGAAAAUGAAGCUACAAAUAUCAAUGAAAUUGAAUCUGUCAAUAAUUCACCUAGUGGCUGUGAAGAAAAUAUUUCUACUGUUGGUUUACAAAACUUUUGCCCUCCACAACAAAUAUAUAGCUCAACCUGUCUUCAACCUAUCAGAAAUUGGUCUCAUGACAUUAUGCAAUGCAUCCCUAUUCAAAUAUACGGUCAAUACUACUACCUCCCUCAUACUAAUUUUAGUAUCAUUGGAACACAAUGCAUACCUUAUAACUUACAAUAA